AUGGCAAUCUUCGCUGGCUUAUUUUGGAUCCUCUUCUUUCAGGCCGCACCAGCGAAUGGCCUCUUCUCCGCUUUCAACGAGUCCAGCGCGUGGGAUGACUUCGUCAACAAUAUCGCCACUGACUUAGCGCCAAUAAUUGCACUUUUCGGAGAGCAGCCUACAAAGCAGUUUCUCAGCGAGUCAACUACGCAUCUUGAUAGCAUCAUCUUUGCUAUGGCGCCUAUCGGCGUCAUCACAACGAUAGUGUCAGUAAUUCGACUUUAUGGAACGCCAUCGCUCCGUUCUCUAAUUGGCCGGGCCCGAGAACCCAGAGCUCUGGCCGAGUCUGAGCUCUGCUCGUCCACCAGUGACGACGUCUGCGAGCUAUGGUCCAAUGGUGGAAUCUGCCGUGUUUACGGUCGUCCAAAGCUCUUGGAAUUUAUAUUUGACAAAGAUGCAAACUCGGACGAAUUUUACUCUAAAUUUGAAUCAGGCGAUGGCCCACGCGGAAUCUAUGCUACCGUGGCAACCUGUGGCAUCCAUUUACCUAGAGAGUUCUUCAAAGAUAUCAAGAGUUGGAAAAAAGGAGUCACGGAUACUGAAUCAUUAACUUGUGGAGCUAAUCGUGACAAAAAUUGGAGGAAAACUGAUCCUAAUGAACUUCUCUUCGGCUGCUGGCUACAUCAUAAAAGAAAGACGGAAGACAAGCAAUCACGAUUUGCGCCUCAUCCUAACCUCGCCAUUAAUAUUGGCAUUCGAGAAGUAGACCGCAGAUUAAUCUGGAUCGUGGCUGUAUUUGGGAUUUCACUCCAAGCCAGUGUUCUAGGUUACGGAUUGUGGGCAAAUUGGCACAGGCCAUUUUACAACGAUGCGGGUCAACCAAGCCUCGAAUUUGUCAUCCUGACUCUCAUCGGUACAACGUUUCUUUGUCUUGGAAUAGGAUUAUCUGCCAGACUCAUCGAUGGGAAAUCUGAAGAACAAACUUUUGUUACUGAUGGCCAUCCCCUGCGAUUUUGCUGGCUCCAAGCCGGCGGGCAGCGCAUUGGUGACCAGGUCUUCGACGCAUUCGCCUACACUGAGGAGAUGAAGGAAUAUGUAACUUCUUGGAGGGUUGAAGAAGAUGAACUGGCUUCUGUGAAUUCGCGACGCCUUGCAUUCCUUGCCGUUACCCUCUCGCUCACCGGGUGGACUGCGCAGUUUAUUGGGUUACGAGGACAGCAUGGCACCGUUGCACUCUUUCAACUGCUUGGGACUCUUGCCAUGAGUAUUGCCCGAGGUAUUCUUCGCGGAAACCUCAUGGACCCCCUAAAAAACUUACUAGGUGGCAAUUUGAAAGGAAUACAAGACCACGAGCUCGAUUGGCAGGCGCUAAAUCUCCCAAUCGUAUCCGAUCACAAUGGAGGAAAUGGACCAGUUGACAGUUCAGACAAAAGUCUCUGGCCAAACACCGAGAGAACACCAGGGUGCAAGCGCUCUCUUGAGGGGCACGGUCGGUUUGUGGGAGGUCUGUGCAAUGACAAUGGUGAUUUCAGCGCUCUUGAAUCUACAAUUGCAAAUUAUUCUAGAGUUCUUGAAAACUUGAAAAAUACUACAAGGGACCAAGACCCAGGCGUUCCUAAUGCACAAGAAACUAGCAACUUGGAAGAUAUCAGCAUAGGAGCAAAGUUGAUGCACAUUAGAUUGCGACUUGCUCAUCUGACAAGUGAUAGCAAACUUCUGAGUUUGCCAAGCUGGCAAACAAAUAUCAGAGAUGUGGCAGCACUGCUCAGAGACACAUUAGAAAAAGCUGCAGCAUAUAUGUUUACUCCUCCGCACUCGGGUCCGAAGUGGCCCUGGGAUAUGAAAUACAGCGCUCUCAUAUGGACUGCGACUUGUCAGGUCCAUGAAAGCAAAGUAUAUGGCAAGAAAUCAAGGAAUUUCAUUUCCUUCUCGAUGUCCAAAUAUAAAGACCACUGGGAAACUGAUCAAAACCAGCUUGAGGCUAUUCUAGGGCUUUGGUCCUGGACGGUUGAACGUCUUUCCCAAAAUAUUGAUUCAAAAGGAAAUGAAUCGCUCGCAUCACAGUUGGGAUUCAAGAGACUCAUUGUAAGACAACUAGAAUACGAUGAGUUUCUAUCAAUGCUCCGAAGCUGGGUGACUCAUAACUAUACAGAACACUUGCAACCACUGAAAAUGGGCCAAAAGUCUAUCCUCUCGAUACCGGCGACACUUUCUAUGUUUUGUGAUGGAUACCCGGCGAGCCUUGGAUUUCGGACCAUAACACAUAAUGCAGAUAGUCCUCUGCUAUACUUAAUGGCACAAGAUAUCUUCACACUCUUUCUCCGAGAGGCUUCAGCGUUGUUGUCGUACCGCUACGCUCAAUAUCCUGAGGGAAAUCAGGCGACCUAUCUGUCCCAAGGGUUCUUUCAAAACUCUCAUGUGGAAAGCCUUGUCGGCGUAAUGACCUCGACAAAAUUAGCUACGCGAGAAGAGGCGCUGAUGAGCGUCGUGCCGGCUUUAUCCGAAACACAUUUUCUGCCAAGUCAUCACUCACUAUUUUUCACCCUUCUCUCACGAGCCCACAGUUUAAGAGUGCAAAAUCGAUUUAGAGAAAGCGAGGGUGUUCUUGUUCAGCUAGAUUCUCUAAAAGUAUCCGGCCUGGAGAUGAUGAUUCAGAGAGCCAUAGAUUUUGGGCUAUCCCCCUACGGCUUCGAAAUCUCAAAUAGACAACCUCUUUCGCAAUUCCCUUAUGAUAUGAAGCCUGAUUGGGACUACGGACAUAUUCUGGCCUUAACAUUUCCAUAUCGAUUCGACAUAUCUGAAUCAACAGUGCAGGAUAGAAAGCAAGUUUUGAGAUGGGCUAUCGAAUUUGGGUACUCGGAACUAGUUGAUUGCCUAUGGAAACUAGAGAAAGUUCUCCAUUUGAAAGAAAGUGCUUUCUCUGGUGGACCAGAUGAGGCAUUUUGGACCAUCAAUGGCUCAUAUGACAGCUUCAUCAAGAUCGAUAUCUUGCACUUCCUCAUCACUGUUACGGAGCCAAAUUUGACCUAUGAUACUGGAAAAUUUCACAUGUUCAGUAAGGAAAAGAAAUCUGAAGAAGAGGGGUCGUCUGAUGAAGCCCAGAUCCUCGAAGCCUUUUGCAAAGCGCAUCCGGGUUGGAAAGGCAGUCACAACAUUGAAAGUUUGAAGCGCAUGCAUAAGGCGUACCGAGACUAUGGCAACAUACUGACAGCAGCAGUCUCAAUUCCAAACAGUGCACAUAUAGUUAAAUUGCUUGUGGAACACGGGGGGCUUACGAAGGAUGGUGUUCUUGUGACGGCGAGAGGCGGAAAGAAAAUCAGCAGCCCUCCUGGGGCAAAAUACCCGAAUCUCCUGGCCGCAGCGGUCAUUUGUGCGGAUUCCAAUAUCGUCAAGUACCUCACUAACUUGUAUCCUGGCUGGACAGCUUUGCAAGCGGACUACUACCUUGCAUUAGAAUCUGCAGCUGAGUGGGGCCGAGCUGACUGCUUCGAAUUACUGGUGAGGAAUUUAGAAGAGAGUAUCAAUCAUGAGCUGCUUUGGAAUGAGAAUUGUCCGCAGCUUGAUUAUCGGCGGGUUGAAGAAGCUGCUAAAAAGGCCGAGGGUGAUGACCCUUCAAUAGAAGAUAAGGCCACAUCGUCCAUGAUAUAA